CUGUUAUUUUGUUGUGUUGUGUCUAUUAUUUUGUGGGAGAGCUUUCUCUUUUAAGCAAGCAAUACCAUAUUGGUCGAUUCCUCGUUCCCAAUCAACAAAACAAGAAGCUUUAACUUUCCCUUUUGAUUGGUGUACCGUCUUAUUUCAUCUGUCACACACACACAUAUAUAGUUAUAAAUCUAUGUUAUGUAUCACUAUCCCCUCCGAUAUAUAUUCGGGUAUGAUGUCAAUGGCUUAAGCUUCACAAACUCUACUUCUUUUCUCUUACCUCUCAUCUUGAGCUUGCUUUUUCUGGGUUCUCCGUCUCAUCAAUUUACUUUGAUUAUAGUCCAAGAGAUAGAGAGUUCUUCGAUUUCUAAAGGAGAAGACCUGUGUUGUAUUGAUUUAUAAGUUGAAAAUUUCUUGGCUUGAUGUGGCUGGCGAAGUUACCAUCCAUUGUGUUAUAUGGCCUAGCUUCUGGUUUUUGAGCUCGUCUGCGUCCCCCAAAACCAACACAGGUUCUCAGCCAACGAGAGAGGGAUAAAGGUUGGGGGCGAUCGAUGAUGGCUGUGACUUCGUCCUGCAAAGAUGGGACCAAAAUCGCCAUGGACAAUGGCAAGUACGUGAGGUACACGCCGGAGCAAGUGGAAGCCCUUGAGAGGCUCUACCAUGACUGCCCGAAGCCCAGUUCCAUGCGCCGCCAGCAGCUCAUAAGGGAGUGUCCCAUCCUCUCCAACAUCGAGCCUAAGCAGAUCAAGGUCUGGUUCCAGAACCGAAGAUGUAGAGAGAAGCAGCGAAAAGAGGCGUCAAGGUUGCAGGCUGUGAAUAGGAAACUCACAGCUAUGAAUAAGCUUUUGAUGGAGGAGAACGAUAGGUUGCAGAAGCAAGUCUCGCAACUGGUUUACGAAAAUAGUUACUUUCGUCAACAAACCCAAAAUGCGACUCUUGCUACCACGGAUACGAGUUGUGAGUCGGUGGUGACGAGUGGUCAGCACCAUUUGACUCCUCAGCAUCCCCCAAGGGAUGCCAGCCCUGCAGGACUUCUGUCCAUUGCAGAGGAGACUUUAGCAGAGUUUCUUUCAAAGGCCACUGGAACUGCUGUGGAGUGGGUCCAAAUGCCUGGGAUGAAGCCUGGUCCGGAUUCCAUUGGAAUCGUUGCUAUUUCUCACGGUUGCUCUGGUGUGGCAGCACGUGCAUGCGGUCUCGUGGGUUUAGAACCUACAAGAGUUGCUGAAAUCCUCAAAGAUCGGCCUUCAUGGUUUCGUGAUUGCCGUGCUGUGGAUGUUAUUAAUGCGUUGUCUACUGGAAAUGGUGGAACUAUUGAACUGCUUUAUAUGCAGCUCUAUGCACCAACUACUUUGGCACCAGCUCGUGAUUUCUGGUUGCUGCGCUACACAUCAGUUUUGGAAGAUGGUAGUCUUGUGGUCUGUGAAAGAUCACUUAACAACACUCAGAAUGGGCCGAGCAUGCCAGUGGUGCAGAAUUUUGUUAGAGCAGAAAUGCUGCCAAGUGGAUACCUGAUACGACCUUGUGAAGGUGGUGGGUCGAUCAUUCAUGUGGUUGAUCAUAUGGAUUUGGAGCCAUGGAGUGUGCCUGAAGUACUGCGCCCACUUUAUGAGUCAUCAACAUUGCUUGCACAGAAGACAACAAUGGCUGCAUUACGCCAUUUGAGGCAGAUUUCUCAAGAACUUUCUCAGCCCAAUGCAACAGGUUGGGGAAAAAGACCUGCAGCCCUGCGAGCACUUAGUCAGAAGCUGAGCAAGGGUUUCAAUGAAGCAGUCAAUGGAUUUACGGAUGAAGGAUGGUCUAUGCUAGAAAGUGAUGGCAUUGAUGAUGUUACUCUUCUUGUAAACUCUUCGCCUAGCAAGAUUAUGGGUGCAAAUAUUUCUUAUGCCAAUGGAUUCCCAUCUGCAAGCAACUCGGUAUUAUGUGCCAAAGCAUCCAUGUUGUUGCAGAAUGUUCCUCCAGCAAUACUUUUGAGAUUUCUGCGAGAGCACCGAUCAGAGUGGGCAGACAGCAGUAUUGAUGCUUACUCAGCUGCUGCCAUUAAAGCCGGUCCAUGUAGCUUACCAGGAACUCGAGCAGGAAGUUUCGGGGGUCAAGUUAUUCUUCCACUGGCUCACACAAUUGAGCAUGAAGAGUUCAUGGAGGUCAUUAAGCUCGAGAAUAUGGGCCAUUAUCGGGAUGAUAUGAUUAUGCCUGUUGACAUCUUUCUCUUGCAACUUUGUAGUGGAGUGGAUGAGAAUGCUGUUGGUAACUGUGCUGAACUCAUCUUUGCUCCCAUUGAUGCCUCCUUCUCUGAUGAUGCACCUAUUCUACCGUCUGGUUUCCGCAUCAUUCCUCUAGAUUCUGGAACGAUGCAGGAUUCCCCUAGUCCAAACCGAACACUUGAUCUUGCAUCUGCUCUCGAAGUUGGGCCAACUGGAAACAGAGCUUCUGGUGAUAAUGCUGGUAAUUCUGGUAAUAGAAAGUCUGUGAUGACAAUAGCAUUCCAGUUUGCAUUUGAAAUGCACCUUCAAGAAAGCGUAGCAGCUAUGGCUAGGCAGUAUGUUCGGAGUAUUAUAGCAUCAAUUCAGAGAGUGGCACUGGCUCUCUCGCCUUCUCGUUUGGGCUCUCAUACUGGUCUUCGGCCACCACCUGGAACUCCUGAAGCACAGACACUGUCUACUUGGAUUUCUCAGAGCUACAGGUGCUAUCUAGGGGUGGAACUACUGAAAAAUGAAGGAAGUGAAUCCAUUCUCAAGUCCCUGUGGCAACAUUCGGAUGCAGUCCUGUGCUGCUCCUUGAAGGCAAUGCCGGUUUUUACCUUUGCAAAUCAGGCAGGACUGGAUAUGCUUGAGACAACCAUAGUCGCACUUCAAGACAUUACUUUGGAAAAGAUAUUUGAUGACAAUGGAAGGAAGACCCUCUGCUCAGAGUUCCCUCAGAUAAUGCAGCAGGGCUUUAUGUGCCUUCAAGGUGGAAUCUGCAUGUCAAGCAUGGGGAGGCCAGUUUCGUACGAGCGAGCUGUGGCGUGGAAGGUUUUAGACGAAGAAGAAAAUGCUCACUGCAUCUGUUUCAUGUUCAUUAAUUGGUCCUUCGUAUGAAAACUUGGAUUAGAAAACUUAGCUUUAUGAAAAUCAUCGGUAGGUUAGAGCAUCGCAUCUUUUGUUCCUUUGGUAUGGACGAACUUGUAACAUGCCUUACUUAAACAGUUGGAUAUGCAGUACUUAAAUGCAUUGGUGCCUCAUUUUUGUUCUA